AUGCGGCAGUUCGGAAACUUCAACACUCAUCUAGAGUGUUCAAGUCGACCCGACCGGGCAGCUCUUCCUCACAUUCGAUCCCGCCGCCUCGAGCGCAAGAAGCCUUUCAAUCCGAUCCCCGCCAUGAGCCCCCUCCAGCUGCAGCAGCUCUUCGACGUGAAGGACAAGGUCGUGGUCAUCACGGGCGGCGGCCGCGGUAUCGGCAAGAUGAUGGCCGACGGCUUCGUGCAGAACGGGGCCAAGGUCUACAUCGCCUCGCGCAGCCUCAAGGCGUGCGAGGAGACGGCCGAGGAGCUCAACGCCAAGGGCCCCGGCAAGUGCAUCCCGCUGCAAGCCAAUCUGCUGAGCGAGGCUGGCUGCAAGGAGCUGGCGGACGAGAUCGCCAAGCGCGAGAGCAAGGUGGACGUGCUCAUCAACAACUCGGGCGUGUCCUGGGGCGGGAACUUCGAGCAGCACCACGAGGCCGCCUGGAACAAGGUGCUGACGGUGAACGUGACGUCGCCCUUCCACCUGACCAAGUUCCUGCUGCCGCUGCUGGACGCGGCAGCCACGUCGUCGGAUGCGGCGCGCGUCAUUAACGUCGGCUCGGUGGCUGGUCUCAUGCCCCAGCAGAUCGACACCAUCGCCUACGACACGUCCAAGGCCGCCAUCCACCACAUGACCCGCGGGCUGGCAGCCAAGCUGGCGCGUCGCCCCAACGGAGGCCACAUCCUGGUGAACGCCAUUGCGCCGGGUCUUGUGCCGUCCAAGAUGUCCCAGGGCAUCUCGGUCGUCACGGGACUGGCCAUGGACGACCUGGCCACGGGCAUCCCCAUCCAGCGCUUUGGCCUGGACUCGGACAUGGCUGGCCUCGCCAUCUUCCUGUCCUCCAAGGCCUCGGGCUGGAUCACGGGCAUGGUCAUCGCCUCGGACGGUGGACAGGUGUACACGAUGGAGACGGGGGUGGGUCCGUCCAAGCUCUAG